AUGGCGGAACCAGAAAAGGAGACUCACAUCUCAGGCGAACAGACUGUCGAGCACAGUCAUGACACGGGCGCCGCCGUACAACUUGCCCACGAUGUCGACAACACCGCCUAUUCUCCAUGGACCAUGACUAUGUUUCGACUAUACACAUGUCUGAUCAUUGCGUACCUGUGCGGCUGUCUCAAUGGCUAUGAUGGAUCUCUGAUGGGUGGCUUGAACGGAAUGACCUCUUACCAAAAAUACUUUCACAUGACUGUGGCAGGCUCUAGUACUGGUCUUGUCUUUGCAAUGUACAACAUUGGAUCAGUCGCUGCCGUUUUCUUCACUGGGCCUACAAAUGACUAUCUUGGCCGGAGAGCUGGCAUGUUCGCUGGCGCGCUCAUUGUAAUCAUUGGGACUUGCAUCCAAGCGCCAUCGACAUCACAUGCCAUGUUUCUAGGCGGUCGUUUUGUUUUGGGUUUCGGCGUCUCCUUCUGCUGUGUCAGUGCGCCUUGCUACGUCAGCGAAAUGGCACAUCCCAAGUGGCGAGGCACCAUUACCGGUCUAUACAACUGCACGUGGUACAUUGGAUCCAUUGUGGCCAGCUGGGUCGUCUACAGCUGCAGCUAUUUGGAACGAGCAGACGCAUGGCGAAUUCCGAUCUGGUGCCAGAUGAUCACCUCGGGCAUCGUGGUCGUGGGCGUCUGGUUUCUUCCCGAGUCUCCGCGCUGGCUCAUGGCCCGCGACCGGUUUGACGAGGCCGCCCGGGUCCUGGCCAAGUAUCACGGCGACAAUGAUACGUCGCACCCCAUCGUGCAACUGCAGCUCAAGGAGAUGAGCCAGCAGGUAAAGACCGAUGCCAGUGACAAGAAGUGGUGGGACUACCACGAGCUCUGGGACUCGCACUCCGCCAGGCGCCGUCUCAUUUGUGUCCUCGGCAUGGCUUGCUUCGGUCAGAUCUCUGGUAACAGCUUGAGCAGCUAUUAUAUGGCGGCUAUGCUCAAGUCGGCUGGUAUCACCGAAGAACACCGAGUUCUUGCACUGAAUGCCAUCAACCCCGUCCUGUGUUUCCUCGGUGCCAUCCUGGGCGCUCGCAUGACUGACGUGGUGGGAAGAAGACCAUUGUUGAUUUAUACUACUAUUUUCUGUUCCGUCUGUUUCGCCAUCAUCACUGGGACAUCCAAACUCGCAACGGACGACCCCAGCCAGGUUACCGCAGCCAACACUACCGUGGCAUUUAUCUUCAUUUUUGGCAUCGUCUUCUCGUUUGACUGGACCCCGCUGCAGAGCAUGUACAUUGCCGAGACGCUUCCCACUGCCACGCGAGCCAAGGGAACGGCCGUGGGCAACUUUGCCAGCAGCGCCGCCAGCACCGUGCUCCAAUACGCCAGCGGACCGGCCUUUGAGGGUAUUGGUUACUACUUUUACCUCGUCUUUGUCUUUUGGGAUCUCAUCGAGGUUGGCAUCAUCUAUCUGUUCUUCCCCGAGACCAAGGACCGGACCUUGGAGGAGCUGGCCGAGGUCUUUGAGGCCCCCAACCCCGUCAAGAAGAGCUUGGAGAAGAGAAGCGCCGAGACUGUCUUGCGGACUCUGCAUAUCGAAGCUGAUGAAAAGGCCUAUGCGUAG